GCCAAUCUGUGUGUAUGGUCGGUAUGGUCUACAAAAAGAGGAUAUAGCAGAGUGGUCACUGUACUCUCGAGCCUUUUUCGAUAGUAUUCUUUGCUUGCAAACCACCGGGGGGUGGGGAAACUGCUGCGUCAAUCUAAGCGGUUAUUCAACUGCCGGUUAGGAAACCCACAUUGGAUGUGUCUUUCUUUCCCAGCGGUUGCUUCCAUUUCGAAAUCUAGGACAUCAACAUCCAACUUUAUUCAAGAAUUAGGAGGAUGAGGAGGAGUAGGAGGCUGUUUGACAGGAAAAGCCCACUGGUUUUUUCGUCGGAUUAGGGAGUUGGUGGAAUCUCCGUGGAUUUGAUUGAUGGUGGGAAGAAUUUCAGUUUGUGGUGAUUCUUUUUAAUUUGGAGAAUCGGAGAGGGAAAGAAUGGAACCCCCGAGGGGGGUGUGGGCUUCUCUUUGGAACUUCAUCCGUUUCUUGCCUUUCUUCAUUGGCCUUCUUCUUCUGGGCUUCAUUAAAGGUAUAAUUAUGUUCCCGGUGAUAUUUCUCAUCUUGACAGUGGGGAUCUCUGCCGUAAUACUUGGCCUUUGGCCAGUUCACUGUUUUUACACAUAUUAUUGCAUUUUGAGCACGAAACAAUUUGGUCCUUUCCUGAAGCUCAUACUUUGCAUUUCUAUUCCUGUCAUCUUAAUAUCAUGGCCGCCAGUCGGAAUUGUCUGUGCUGUAAUUGGUGGGGCUGCAUAUGGCGUGCUUGCACCAAUAUUCGCCACUUUCCAGGCAGUAGAGGAAGGGAAGACAGACAAAUUCUAUCAUUGUAUAUGUGAUGGAACUUUGAGCUCUGUCAAAGGAAGCUUCACUAUCAUUAGGGACUUUUUGGAUGUUUCUUAUCAUUCGUAUCUUUCAAUUAUGACUGAUCUGCGCCUCCAGGAGGGAAAGUAUUAUGAGAUUAGAUUGUUGUAUGUUCCCUUAGCUUUGGUAGCCAGCAUAUUGGGUGCUAUGGUUGAUUUUCCUGUGAUCUCUCUCAUUGCCAUUUGUAAGGCCCCGUACAUGCUUUUUAAGGGUUGGCAUCGCUUGUUUCACGACUGCAUUGGACGCGAAGGCCCAUUCUUGGAGACUAUAUGUGUCCCAUUUGCAGGUCUGGCAAUUCUUCUUUGGCCAUUGGCCGUUGCAGGGGCAGUAUUGGGCUCCAUGGUGUCAAGCAUCCCUUUAGGCCUUUACGCAGCCGUGAUAGUGUACCAGGAAAGCUCCUUCUGGUUUGGACUUUGCUACAUUGUUGCUUCACUGUCUAUUUAUGACGAGUACAGUAAUGAUAUUCUUGACAUGCCUGAAGGCUCCUGCAUUCCCAGGCCAAUGUAUAGAAAGAAAACCAUAUCUCGAACUUCCUCUGGGACCAAUUCUUUCUCGCGGCCCAGCUCAUUCAAGAAUCAGCUCUUCCAUACAAAUUCAAUGAAUUCACCCAUGCUCGAGUUGAAGCCCCUGGAGUUUGCUGAUGCCUUGUUCAAAGAGUGUCAGCGCUAUGGGGAGACUAUGGCUGCAGAAGGGAUAAUAACAAUAAAAGAUAUCGAAAAUGCUAAGAAUGGUAGAGAUAGUGGAUCAGUAAUAGGCAUUGGUUUGCCGGCUUACUGCCUUCUUCAGGCGCUUUUACGCUCAGCGAAAGCCAACUCUGCCGGUAUAUUGCUAGGUGAGAAUGGUCCCGAAAUAACUGCGUCGAAUAGGCCAAAAGAUAAGUUCUUCGACUGGUUCCUCAAUCCACUUUUGGUCAUUAAAGAGCAGAUCCGAGCCGACAACCUUACUGAGGCAGAGGAGGAAUAUCUUGGCAAGUUAGUUUUAUUGAGCGCCGACCCCGCGAGGUUGAAGGAUUCGAAUAUUGGGCCGGCGCCAGAAUCUGAGCUGAAACGAGCUGAGUUUGAUGCGUAUGCUCGAAGGCUUCAUGGGAUCACCAAAUCAAUAUCGAGAUACCCGACAUUCAGGCGCCGCUCUGAUAGCAUCAAUAAGAACAUUCUAGAAGAGCUUUCCCGGAAGAACGGCGGGUCUUCUGUGAUGAGAUCAAAAAGUAUGCUGGACCGGUUAUUCAGCCAGCAAUCGUUUAAGGGCAGGCGAGACGAUCGAGACAACGUAGAAAGAGACGUUGAAAUCAGGUAGAUAAGCUUUCAUUUGUUGUUGUACCGGAAAGAAACGGUAAUCAUACUAAUAAUGGAAAGAAGUUCUAGGUAAUCCUUUUCUUUUUUGUUUUUUAAAUGCAUGUUUUAAUUUGUUAUUUUCUUGUAAGCUGUAGUAGUUAUAGAACAAAAAAAUUAUCAUUUCAGUUUUGAAAUGAACAUAUCUUGUUGG